UUAUCCUAAAAAGCAGGCCCUCCCCUAUUUUUGUCAGUAUUUACUUUUAAUGCAUUUUUCUGAUCAGGUCUGGCUUACUCUUUCACAGUUGACAUGAAUAGGGCAGGUUCAAAUGAAUAAAGGUAAAAUGCUUCUCCGUCUUCUUUUACAGUGGAUUUUGUCUGGGUCGUUAUUUAAAUUUGCUGCAUCUGAAGUUGUUGCUAAUGCAGUAGUUUUUAUUUCACUCUUGUAACCAAUGACCAGGUACUGCUUUUUUUUCAUUCUUAUACAGUUUGUUCAAUAGGUUGAGAGGAUACGAAAAAUCUUAAGUUGAAUGGCUUAAAAUGAAAAACUUAAAAUUAGGACAUGUGUCAGUCCUACCUUUUUUUUAUAGGACUUGUUCAGUUGUCCAUCCUUCGUGCGUUUAUGCAUUUGCUAUGUGCAAGUGCUAUAUUUCAUCGUGAUGUGGCAGCUUCAUAUGCAUUGAAAGUAUGGUUUUCACUUUGUGCAUCCUCACUAAAUACAUAAUGUGCUUUCCUGUGUGGUACUAAGUAGUAUGUACUGUGUAUUUUGGAUUGCAAUUUUUGCAUCAGUCUGUUAGGUAGGUGUGUCCCUUUCCUAACCCUAAGCAAGGAGAUUGAGUUUUGGUUUGAUGAUUUAAUCCGCAUGAGUAAGUCUCCUUUUUAGCCAGCAAUAUUUUCUUAAAGUAUUACUUUUCUAUUCAGCUACACCUCCUGCCCAAGCUGCGACCCUGACACCUCAGGCUGCUACUGGCCAUGCAAAGCCCAAAGGCAAAGAUGCCAAGAAUCAGGGUUCCUCUGCCCCAAAGGCUGUCCCUGGCAGAAGAAAACGCUCCUCUCUGUCUGCCUCUUCCUCCUCUCCCACCUCACCAAAAUCUACUUCCUCCUCUACUCCCCUUUCGCCCUUGCCGUCGCCCCUAGCUAGCUCUCCUGGCGGCUCCUCUGCUAAUCAGGGUAACCGCUUUACCCCAAAAGUUGUCAAGGCUGGCAAACAAGGAAGAGCUAUGAAGGGAGAGGCAUUUGUGCCAGCUCCGGCCCCUGUAGAGUGCAAAGUCAACCCAGUUCUUGAAAAACCAGUAGAGGCUUCCCCCAAGCAAACUAUAGUUGAAGCUGAACCUGCCCCAGCAGCUGCUGCAAAGCCUGUUUUAUGCCCAGCAGCUUUCAAAGUUACCUCUAAACCUGCUGUGGCAGCUCCAGUUUCAUUUUCAGAUGCUCUUGCCUCUAGCUCUCCUGCAUCUGUUGAAGUUAAGAAAGCUUCUCCAAUCCCUGUCCCUGACUUUGCAGCAGGUGAUGAUCUACCUCCACUUAUCCCACCUGUGAAGCCAUUAAAAAUGCCUGAACCUGCUCCUACUGUUGAGGUUGCCAAUCAGGCUCCUAUAACAGCCCCAGCUAAAAUUGUUGAAGAGGCUGUUAAAGAGGUAUCCCAAACCAAACCUGUUCCUGUUGAGGUUAUUAACCCAGCUGCUGAACCCACACCUGCUCCCGUUGAGGUUGACCUGCCCAAACCUGCUCCCGUUGAGGUUGACCUGCCCAAACCUGCCCCCGUUGAGGUUGACCUGCCCAAACCUGCCCCCGUUGAGGUUGACCUGCCCAAACCUGCCCCCGUUGAGGUUGACCUGCCCAAACCUGCCCCCGUUGAGGUUCACCUGCCCAAACCUGCCCCCGUUGAGGUUCACCUGCCCAAACCUGCCCCCGUUGAGGUUCACCUGCCCAAACCUGCCCCCGUUGAGGUUCACCUGCCCAAACCUGCCCCCGUUGAGGUUCACCUGCCCAAACCUGCCCCCGUUGAGGUUGACCUGCCCAAACCUGCUCCCGUUGAGGUUGACUUGCCCAAACCUGCCCCCAUUGAGGUUGACCUGCCCAAACCUGCUCCCGUUGAGGUUGACUUGCCAAACCUGCCCCCAUUGAGGUUGACUUGCCCAAACCUGCUCCCGUUGAGGUUGACUUGCCCAAACCUGCUCCCGUUGAGGUUGACCUGCCCAAACCUGCUCCCGUUGAGGUUGACUUGCCCAAACCUGCUCCCGUUGAGGUUAAGCCGGCGUCUGAGCAUAAACUAGCUCCCGUUCAGGUUGA